CAACACAGAUACCUGGAGAGCGCUUCGCUGGGACUCUCGACUCUUGACUCUUGAGUGAGCGAGUGGGACUCAGAGAACGCUUCGCUGCGAGAAGUGCUUCUCCUGGAAAUCGCUUCGUACGUGUUACCAGGUAGGCAGGUGGUGAAACAGAGCAAUGGGAGCUGGAGGCCAGAUGCCUACCCUGAACGGCAAGGAUGAAGAAAUCAACAAUCCCUUGCGACGAGUGCCAUACGAAAAACCUCAAUUCACACUAAGCCAAAUCAAGCAAGCCAUCCCUCCGCAUUGCUUCAAACGCUCGCUCCUCCACUCAUUCUCCUAUGUCGUUCACGACCUUACCUUAUCGUUCAUCUUCUACUACAUUGCCACCACUUAUUUCCAUCUCCUCCCUCCCCUGAUCACCUACAUUGCCUGGCCAAUUUACUGGAUUUUCCAGGGCUGCAUUCUCACUGGUGUUUGGGUCAUUGCACAUGAAUGUGGUCAUCAUUCCUUCAGUGACUACCAGUGGGUUGAUGACACUGUUGGCUUAAUCCUCCACUCCACUCUUUUAGUCCCAUAUUUCUCAUGGAAAAUCAGUCACCGCCGACACCACUCCAACACUGGAUCGAUUGAGCGCGAUGAAGUUUUUGUCCCCAAAACCAAAUCCUCAAUCUCAUGGUACUCAAAAUAUUUGAACAACCCGCUGGGGAGAUUUCUCACCCUUUUAGUCACCGUGACUCUUGGAUGGCCCUUGUAUUUAGCCUUCAAUGUUUCAGGCAGAUCUUAUGAUCGUUUUGCUUGUCAUUUCGACCCUUAUGGCCCGAUUUACUCUCCUCGCGAAAAGCUUCAGAUUUACAUUUCUGAUGCUGGAAUUUUUACCGCGUUUUAUGCGCUUUACAGAGUUGCAGCUGCAAAUGGGCUUGCUUGGCUUGUAUGUGUUUAUGGGGUGCCAUUGUUGAUUGUGAAUGGUUUCCUGGUAGUGAUCACAUAUCUUCAACACACUCAUCCAGCAUUGCCUCAUUAUGACUCUUCUGAUUGGGAAUGGCUUAAGGGAGCAUUGCUGACUAUGGACAGAGAUUAUGGGUUGUUGAACAAAGUGUUCCAUAACAUUACAGAUACUCAUGUGACACACCAUCUCUUCUCUAUGAUGCCACACUAUCAUGCCAUGGAGGCCACAAAUGCCAUCAAGCCAAUACUUGGGGAGUACUAUAGGCUUGAUAGUACUCCAUUUUACAAGGCAUUGUGGAGGGAGGCAAAAGAGUGUGUUUAUGUUGAACCAGAUGAGGGUUCUCCUUCCAAGGGCGUGUUAUGGUACCGGAACAAGUUUUGAGUCAUCUUUGGUGUUGGCUGAGGUUGCUAAGAGGGUUUGGUUAACGUGAAGUAGGACCAAAAACAGUGUCUGUAGACUGUAGUGUCUCUAGUUAGAUAAUCCAAGUGUCUCUAGUGCUUUCUCCGUUUGCCCAAAAUAAACCAUGAAAAGAAUGUGUAUGUUGUGUUAUUAGUGUAUUUAUAAUGUACCUAAAUGAG